AUGAAUAUUAAUACUGUAGAUAUCGAAGCAUUAAAUAUUAGAUUAAAUAAACUAGAUGAACACCAUCGAACAUUAACUGACACAUUAAUAGAAAUAGCAGCAAUUGAUGAGGAAAUUUCAGAUGAACAAGUUGAUGCCGAAAUGUCUGUUUGUGAAGACAAAUAUAUAGAAUUAAAGGUAUUAGGCGAUCGAGUGAUGAAAGAUCGAGUAAGGCCGGCCGGCGUUAGUAAUCACAUUGAACAAGCAACGGUAUCAGUGAAUCCUCCUUCAAAUAGAGUAAAUGACAAUUUCGGAGAUGCAGCUGAGACUAUUGCUUCGAUCGAAAUAUCUGAUGUUAAUUACAAUGACGCAUGGUCUCGUUUGAGAGAAAGAUAUGAAAACGAGCGAAUAGCUGUACAAAAUCACAUUAAAUCUAUUUUCGAAUUACCGGUCUUAAGACGUAAAAAUGGCAACGUGUUGCGACAUAUUUUAGACGGGUUAUUAAAACAUACUAGAGCGCUGCGGGCACUGGGGCGUCCGACAGACCAGUGGGAUGAUAUUUUAAUUCAUAUCGUAACAAGUAAACUAGACUUCAUUACUAUUAAAGAAUGGGAAAAUACAUUGCAACCCAGAGAAUUACCAACAAUACAAGAGUUCAUUGAAUUUUUAACCAAAAGGUGUCAAACUUUAGAGGCUGUUGCAAGAAGAACUUUCUUAGGAAAUCAAAACGUGAACUUAAAGCAAAAUUCUAACGUUAAGGUGAUAGCAUCCCACGCGGCUGUGAGUGACGUUAAGUGCGCGCAGUGCAAGGGUGAUCAUCAAAUCUACCAUUGCCAAAUAUUUAAGGAACUUCCUAUCGCAGAAAGAUUAAAUAAAGUAAAGUCCCUGAAGCUGUGUCUGAACUGUCUUAAAAGUAAGCACAUGAUCAAAGACUGCACGGCCAGUCAUUGCACGGCCAGUCAUUACAGAAUAUGCUCAAAAAAACAUAGUACGCUGUUGCACGAAGAUCGUGGCCCCGCACGAGAAAAUAGAAACGAAGCGGGUAAUAAGGAAACAAAAACAGAAUCAGAUUCUAAUAAACCAAGUAGUUCAGUAUGUGCAUCAUCGCAUUCGAGAAAAUGCAAGGGUGAAUCGCUAUUGUCUACCGCGAUAAUAAAGGUAAAAAAUAACGGGGGAAAUUAUAUUGAAGGAAGGGCACUGUUAGACAGUGGUUCACAAUCGAAUUUUAUAACGCGAGAAUUUUUUAAACGGUUAAAUUUAAAGUCAACGGACGAUAAGGUCAAAAUAAACGGAGUUAAUGAAGGCGUUUCUAGCGCAACAAAAUCGGUAAAUAUAAAAAUAGCGUCACGUUUCGGUACAUUUGGAACGGAACUGGAGUGCAUAAUCUUAAAGCAAAUCACACCAAUGUUACCGACAAGCGAGUGUGAUACGAUUAAAUUAAGCAUACCGGAAAAUAUUCGAUUAGCGGAUCCGAGUUUCCAUGUGACGGGCCAAAUAGAUAUUUUAAUAGGUACGGAUAUAUUUUGGGAUUUAUUCUGCAUAGGCCAAAUAAAAUUAGGAAAAAAUAUGCCCACGCUACAAAAAUCAUUAUUCGGUUGGGUAGUGGCAGGGCCUACGCAAAUAAAUAAUAUAAGGAAAUCGAGACAAAUCAAUUGCAACCUAAGCACAAUAGAUCAAAUCAACGAAACAAUACACAAAUUUUGGGAAGUAGAAGCUUAUGAAUCGAAUGACAAAACGUGCCUAGAUCAGGAAGAGAAAUAUUGCGAAAACUUUUUUAAAGAAACAUACUCUCGUCACAUGAGGCGUAAAUCGACAACUAAAGAAGGGGCAAUACAAGUGUUCUUACCGCAUCACGCAGUAUUCAAAGAAAGCAGCACCACUACGAAAACAAGGGUAGUUUUUGAUGCCUCGAGCAAAGGGGCGAGGGAUAUAUCUAAGAUGUAUAGACAAAUAUUUGUACACGAAGAUCAAACCGCGUUGCAAUCAAUUUUGUGGCGGGAGGAUCCGACAACGGAUAUCGAAGAAUAUGAGCUACUAACAAUAACUUACGGUACAAAACCGGCAUCCUUCCUAGCAGUAAGGUGGGGAAACUCUAUCGAAGAAGUUAAAGAAUUAAAAAAUCAAUUAAUAGGGUUACUAGCUAAGGGCGGAUUCGAGUUACACAAAUGGAACACAAACGUAGUUGAUACAAAAGAAAAAGAUCCGAAUAAAAACAAGUCAGUAAAUCUUCAUAAAUUAGAGGAAUCAAAAUUGUUAGGGAUACGGUGGAACCCUUCGAGCGAUGCAUUCCACUACGAGGUGGAGUCGAGAGACGAAAAGCGUACAACAAAGCGAACUAUGUUGUCACAAAUCUGCAAAUUGUUUGACCCAUUGGGCUUAGUAGGGCCUAUUAUAACACUAGCGAAAAUAUUGAUGCAAAAAUUGUGGAGUCUUGGCCUAGAUUGGGACGAGUCAGUUCCUAUGAGCAUAUAUAAAGAGUGGCAUCAGCUAAAAUCGCAAUUGAAUCUAUUAAACAGAUUGAAAAUUCCUAGAGCAAUAAUGACUGGUAAUACAGGCACAAGGAUACAGCUACAUGGAUUUUGCGAUGCGAGCGAAAAGGCAUACGGAGCCUGCGUAUACAUAAGAGAGCAAAUAGCGUCAGACAAAAUAGGGAUUGCUUUAGUAUGUUCAAAAUCUAGGGUAGCACCCAUGAAAACUUUAUCGUUGCCGCGACUAGAGUUGUGCGGAGCGGUAUUGUUGGCAAAUUUAAUGAAACGCGUGUUGGACAGUUUAAACAUAAAAAUAAGCCAAAGAUAUUUCUGGUGCGAUUCCAAAAUUGUUAUAACGUGGAUAAGGUCGUCAUCCCGAAAAUGGCAGACCUUCGUAGCAAACCGAGCGAGCGAAAUUCAAAGCAUUUCUUCUCCUUCCGAAUGGCAUCAUAUAAAAUCGAAAGAAAAUCCCGCGGAUUUAAUUUCAAGAGGAGAAACCUCCGAACAUUUAAUAAAUACAAAGUUGUGGUGGCAAGGGCCUACAUGGCUACAAGCUAACGAGGAAACGUGGCCGAUGGAAGGUGAGGAAUUGCUUUUGACAAACGCACCAGAAAUGAGAAAACAAGCUGUGAUUGCAAUAACAACCAAAGAAGAACCAGUAUUAGAUUACAAUAGACACUCCACAUUAGUUAAGUUAAUAAAUAUCGUUGCUUAUAUGUUAAGAUUUAUAGAGAAUACAAAAUGCAAAAAUGAAAACAAAGAAGCUAAGUUAGGUAAAAUAACGUUACAAGAAAAACGCAAGGCAAAAUUAAAGUUAAUUAAACUUAUACAAACCGAGGAAUAUAAUGAAGAAUUAAAUGCGUUACAGGCUAAAAAUAAAGUAUCGUUGAAGUCGAAAUUAAAAACUCUCCAUCCGUUCCUGGACGAUGAAGGCGUCAUACGGGUCGGAGGAAGGCUUCAGCAAGCGUCACUGCCGGAAAGAACAAAACAUCCUAUCGUCAUCCCAGCAGCACAUCGCUUCACCACUCUAGUGAUAAAUCAUUAUCAUGAGAAACUGCUCCAUGCAGGUGCGCAGACCACGCUGUAUGCUAUUCGAGAAGAAUUUUGGCCAAUUCAAGCGAGGAAUAAAAUAAAGAAGAUAAUUCGACAGUGCGUCAAAUGUCGCAAGGCCAAAUGGUCGGUUGGCAGUUAA